UUACCAUUUUUCAAGUAUCACAGAAGUGAAGAGCUUCUCUUGCGAUGGAUGGAAUUUUCCGCUUUCACCACCGUGUUCCGGACACAUGAAGGAAACAAGCCAUCUUGCAACAGCCAGUUCUACUCCAAUAAUAGAACACUGUCACAUUUCGCACGUCUUGCAAAGAUCUACAAAGCAUGGAAGUUUUACAGGAUUCAACUAGUUAAGGAAGCCUGUCAGAAAGGGCUACCAAUUUGUCGACAUCUCUUCCUUCACUAUCCAGAAGAUGAACAUGUACAUAGCUUAACACAUGAGCAGUUCCUAGUUGGCACAGAGAUACUUGUGGUACCCGUGCUAGACAAAGGCAAAGAAUAUGUUAAGGUCUAUUUUCCGAUAGGAGAAAGCUCUUCAUGGAAGCAUAUUUGGACAGGAAAACUGUAUUCAACACAAGGUUCCGAAGCUUGGGUGGAAGCAUCAAUAGGAUAUCCUGCCAUUUUUGUUAAAGUUGGUUCUCCUGUUGGAGAAACCUUCCUGGGAAAACUUAACAAAUACAAUGUCUUAUAAUUCAACAGCCUAGAGAUAGAUGAUGUAAUUGGUUUUAGGGCACAUAACCAUGAAAGUAGCAUUUAACAUUCUUUCUAUUCCAUAAGUACAUGGAUGUUGGGGAUAAUACAUGUGUAAAGUAGUAAAGAAUUUAUUUAGUAGAAUCAUUUGACUUUA